AUGGCCACACGCUGCAAUCUCUACCAUGGAGAGCAGUCGAGUGUAGUCGCGGGCCACCCUGUUGUAUACAAGUUCAUCCCCGGCAGGGAUCUUUCCCAACCUCUCGUGGUAUUCGUGCCGGGGAUGGCCCACAACGGACGCAUCUCCUACGGACAUCCAGGAUCACAUAGCAAAGACUUCCUGGCUCACUGGUUCAAUCACUAUGGAUACAGCUUCUUGGCUAUUUCGUAUCCACUGGACGCAGAGCUACCAGUCAUGCCGGCUACGAGUCCGCAUUUCACGAUCCCUGAAUGGGGUACUCAAACUGCUGUGGUGAUCAGCCAGGUCGUAAAGGAAAACAGCAUCGGCGGCAAGAUCAUUAUCCUGGGUUGGAGUAUGGCCGGCAAGCUCCUCAGACCUGUCACAGAGGAGCUACGGAAUUUGGAACUUGAUGCGAAUUUAUUCGUCUCGCUGGCCGCUACGCCGGCUCUUCCCGGUCUCCUCCCCUCUGUGGCAAGGCACCAACUUGAUCAGACGGUAUCGGGCUAUUCGAAGAGGCCGUAUGCCAAUGCGAUCUUCCGCCGGCAUCUUGAUGAACAGGAGAAGAUCAAUGGGCUCAAUGGGUCUCGCUUCAUAAUCGACCCUACCAUUUAUGAGCGGGAUUACCUUGGUGCUACACCUGUCGGUCUGACGGCAUGUGGGUAUGAGUUUGACAUGAACUCCGGAACUUUUGUCGAAGAACGCAACCCCUGGCAGUUGUUAGAGGAUAGCCAGGCACAUGUGUUUUGGAGUUUGCCUAGUAUGGCCGCCAUCGUCCCUACCAGUGGACUCGAUUUCCGCCAUGGUAUCACCGACAAAGCGACGUGGUCAUAUCUCAUUAUCCAACAUACCAUGGCUGAGUUGAGUAGGAACACACGAGUGCGCCGAUACCUACAAGCUGCAGAGGAAUCUUCUGAAGCUAGUCUUGCCGUGGACAGAUCACGCUUCCAAGACCUACAAAAGGUCGUUUCAGAUAUAUCAGAGCUUUUGACCACAGAAAUAAUGGGCAAUCACUUUUUCUUCGUCGGAGAAUUUGGUGCAAAGAAAACCGUGGAUACCGUCAUUGAGUUUCAACAAAAGUUGGAUAGCGUUAAGCAAAGUCUUGCAAAUACGCUCGACAGUCUACUUGGGGCGUCACGCUAA